AUGGAUUUGUUUCCUGAUUCAGUAGCUGUAGUUAAUUGGGAUAUUUGUUCUGAUCAUUGUUUCUGUAUUGUUAAGAGAGUAACUGAGGUGGAUUCUGGUACUAAGCCGUUUCGAUAUUUUAACAUGUGGGCUGAUCAUGAUGGUUUUAAAGCUACUGUUUUGCAGAGUUGGACCAAACCAGUAGAAGCUCAAGGGCUUAACAGAAUCAUGGUUAAACUAAGGAGAUUAAGGCCUGUGUUGCGACAUUUUAAUAAGUUUGCGAUUGGUGAUAUUGACCAUAAGUUUCAGGUUGCUAAAGAUGCUUAUAAUUUGGCUCAGAUUCAGCUUCAACAGGAUCUUCAUUCGGCUGUGUUCCAAGUUGAAGAACAGCAGGCCUUAAAUAACCUGAUUAUUGAUAAUUAUGAGGCAGUUGUGGAUCAUUUCUUAAGUCAUUUUCGAAGUGUGUUGGGAAGUCAGAGUACAGCUUCGGGGGCCAUUCACAGGGAGUGUUUUAGACAUGGUAAUAUUCUUUCUUUAGAGCAACAGCUGGAUUUAAUAAGACCAUUUACUAAGAAGGAUGUUAAGAGUGCUAUGUUUAGCAUUGGUUCAAUUAAGAGUCCGGGUCCAGAUGGUUAUGGUGCGGGUUUUAAUAAUGCUAUGUUGUCACUGAUUCCUAAAGUGGAGCACCCGACUAAGGCGGUGGAGUACAGGCCUAUUGCUUGUUGUAAUACUCUGUAUAAAUAUAUUCUUAAAGGGUAUAAGAGGAAGAAUAUCUCUCCUAGGUGUGUGAUGAAAGUGGAUUUGAGUAAGGCCUAUGAUUCCAUAGAUUGGAAUUGUCUUGAAGAUAUUCUUGCUGCAUUUUGUAUACCGGCUCAGUUUAUUAAUUGGAUUAAGAUCUGUUUAAAGGACUCAGAUUACUCUAUCUUGAUCAAUGGGAGAGUUCAAGGUUGUUUUACUGGUAGGAAGGGUUUGAAGCAAGGGGACCCGAUGUCUCCUUUAUUAUUUGUUCUUGUGAUGGAAUAUUUUACUAGACUUCUCAUCCAAGCAUCUCAACAUAAGGAGUUUCGGUUUCAUCCUAGAUGUAAGAAGCUUAAUUUGGUGAGUCUGUGCUUCGCGGAUGAUUUGGUGCUGUUUUGCAAAGGCACGGAUAGGUCUAUUAAGAUUAUUUCAGAGUGUUUCAAAUCCUUUAGCAGCGUUUCUGGUUUGACAGCUAAUGUGGAGAAAUCUAGAGUUUAUUUUGGGGGUAUGAAUGCGGCUGAAACCAAGGAAAUUAUGAAGGAUAUUCGGUUCUCAAAAGGCGAGUUUCCUCUCAAAUAUUUAGGGGUUCCUUUGAGACCUACGAAGUGGAAAGCAGGAGAUUGUGCUGUUAUUAUAGAGAAAAUCCAGCUGAAGUCACAUCAUUGGUCAAAUCGACACUUAUCUUUUGCUGGAAAAACUCAGCUUAUUCAGUCUGUUUUAAUGGGGUUAAGAGCUUUUUGGAUGAGCAUUUUUUUUCUCCCAAAGAGUGUAAUCUCUGAGAUUGAUCAUUUGUGUAGGAAUUUCCUUUGGGGUGCCAGCAAAGGUAAUGAAAACAGGAGUAAAAUGCACUUUACAGGCUGGGAUCAGGUUUGCCUUCCGAAGCAACUUGGGGGUCUCGGGUUUAAAGAAGGGGCCAAAUGGAAUAUGGUCCUUUUAGCUAAAUAUUUGUCGGUGGUUUCCUCUAAACAGGAUAUCCUGUGGGUGAAGUGGGUUGAUGCUAUCUAUCUUAAAGGGCAGAGUGUUUGGGAUUAUCAGCUUCAGUCUGAUGUCAGUUGGUACUGGCGAAAGCUCAUAAACUUGAAGGCUUUUAUUAAUAGAGAGAUGAUAGGAAGAGCUGUUCAGAAUAACAAGCUGAAAGUCAGCAAUUUGUAUGACCUGCUUCUUCACAGGGAUAAAGUGCAUUAUGCUUCUGUGAUCUGGUGUAACCUUUCUGUGCCUAAACAUCGCUUUAUUCUUUGGCAAUCCACUUUGAGGCAUCUGCUGACUAGAGACAACUUAUUAAAAUGUCAGAUUUGUCUUCCAUCUGUUCUAUGUCCUAUCUGUGAAUUGCAACAAGAGAGUCACGAACAUCUCUUCUUUCAGUGUAAGUUUUCCCAGCUGCUGAGGAGUAAAGUUGCUGCGUGGUUGGGCUGUGAGAUCUGGCCAGUUCAUCUCAAUGAUUGGGUUGAUUGGAUGGACUUGGCAAGUCACUUGAAGGGAGGUGAUUGCGUCGCUGUUGGACCUAAGGAAUUAUGUUGUGAACUUUGCUAA